GGUCCCAGUGCUUUAGACGGAAUUUGGUUUGACAUCUUUUGGUAGACUAUCAGAGGAGAAAAGGAUUUUUUUUUAUUAUUAUUAUUACUUUAAGACCCCCACUGCUUCCAGCCCAAACUGACGUUUGCGAAUUGCGGCUUUGAAAAUUGGAGUGUUGACUAGAGUGUGGAGAGUUGCUGAUUUCAUUCCUUUGGGUACUAGUAAAACCUUUUAAGUAUCAGCCGGAACAGAGUGAGCUAUUGACAUUUGCAUCGGUUCUGUUUGGGCCUUUUGGGUACAUAAAAUGUCGGGUUCUCGGAAUCUUUGAUCGAAUUUAGAAUGUGUGCUACGUUUAUUUAACUCUUUUGCAAAUGCUUAAAAUGAAAACAUUUUGUGAAGUGCGAGGAUUCUAUCACAUGGAUUGUUCUCUUCAGAUUUUGAAUGUUUAAUUCAUAUCUUUAAACAUUAAAAUAGCAUUGGAGAGGCAUAAUUUCAAAGAUUAGGUGAGCUAUAGAAGGACGAUUUGCUUUUUAAAAAAAUGAUUGAUGAAAUACUAUUACUAUUUGUCUUUGUUGUUGUUAAACGUUAACAUUUACUUUACCCUUCAUUUUCCUGGUAGUUGGCCCUGAGAAGAAAUGGGUAAUUCCUCCACUUUGAACACUUGCAGUACAUUAUUCCAGUUAGUUUUAAUGAUUUGGGUAUUGAAGAUAUAUAAUUGUCUAGUUUAAGACAUGCAUUUAACCUAAGUAGCACUUGAAAACACAAUUUCUAAUGUUCUUGCUUCUCUUUUAUUUUGGAAAUCUGUGCUAUUAAUCAGCAUAUUGUUUCUGUUGGGAACUCCAUAAUCAAAAGGGUUGAUUACCCAGAGGUAGAUCCCCUCCCUCCAAGUUUAUUUUAUAAAUGUGUGUGUUAAUUUUUACUUUUAAAGACUAAAGCUGAAUUAGAUUAUUUCAGAAUCACCCGUAGUUCAGGCUGAGGAAGACUGAGGCUUUUUUCCUUCUUGUUCUGCCUAAUGUUUGUUUCACUCGUGAACAAUUUUUUGUUGGUAAGAGUUUGUUAACGACAUAGAGAUAGUGGGAUUAAAAAUAAAGCAAUCUCUGUUCUCUUCAAAAUGUGUGUGUAGUAUUAAUAAAAGAGCACAAGAAAUCUAAAGAUAUUUAUCAGAUUUUUUAAAGUAAGCAAACUUUGAGUAGAAAGGGAAUAUUUUUUGACGAUUUUUAAUUAACACCUAUAUUUUGCGACAUAUUAAUAUAUUUCGUUUCCCCUUUGCCUUUCCUACAUUGUAUUGAAAUCAUCAGUUUAAUUUUACAACUGUUUGUUUCAAAAUAACAAAUUCAAAAAGCUAGACACUAGAACUGACUUUUCAUUUACUAAGUAUAUUAGGUAAUUAGCAAAUGGCUAGAAGUCUUUUCAAAUCUACAGAUUUUCUAAUGGAGUUUCAAUGUUAGGAUGCAAAUCUAACUUUGAAAUUCUUUUUAAGGUUCUAAACUUUUUAAGACUUUCCUCUGAGCCAAUAUUCAUUGUUCCCAGACUGCCUUUUAAGGCUGCUGUGUUCUGUAGCCUAAGGAAAGCCGCCUUUCACCACCAUGCCCUCCCUAGUCUGACCAAAGCCCCACAGUUAACAGGCUUAUCCUGAAAUUAACUUUUUGAGUAGUGAAAAUAUACUAAAUAUCCAAUUUAUCAUUGAAUCAUUUUGGAAAAGCCAUUGCUAACCUUGUUUAUCUUUUAGAUACAUUUGUAAAAUAGGGGAGAAACUGGUAUAUAAUGACAGAAAUUUUAUACAUAUAUAACAUAGUAUAACAUAAGUAAGUGCAUAUUUAUGUGUGGAGAGAUUCAGGUCUCAGUCAUUUGCUGAUUUGGGCUUAAAAUUCCCAGUGUAAGCAUGCAAAUGAUAUUUAAUUUGUGUUUUGUCUAGAAACUUCGUCAGUUGCCUCUGCGCUGGGGAACUAAGAACUCAGUUUCUGGUGACAGACACCUUUUCAGAAAAUCAGGGUGUUCCCAAACUCAAACCGCUUCAGAACCCCUGGAUCUAAAUGUUUGGAACAGAGGGCAAGGAAUUUAGACUCUAAAGUUGGUCCAAGAAGAUGGGCAGUUUUAAACCCUAGUUUUCUGUCCUGGAGGAAGCAGUCAUUAGUGUGGAAGAAUGACAGGGACCGGCAGGCGCAUGCUCCUUCUUCGAAAUCCCAUUGGGCUUCUUGCUGCUGUGAGCUCUCUUGAAGGGGCAAGGGCUUGGUUCUGCACAAGGUAAACCCCAGAAGAAGAGCAGCGACUCUUCUAGAUCAGACUUAAACAGAUCUUAGCCUCAUUUUACAGCUCGGAACGUAAUACCCCGCCCUGCUCUGUGUGGAGACCCUGCCACUCAGCCUUUCCGUCCCAGUUUGGGGCCAGGGUCUAUCCAGGGUCCUGAUCGCUACUGUGUGAGCCUGGAGGAGCCACUGCUUUUUCUCACUUGAAAUUUUGCGCGGUCUUGAAGUUUGCCAACAGUUCUUCUCUCCCCUUCCCUGCAGACUUGGGGACAAGG